AUGAGGCCGGUGUUCGUGGGGAAUUUCGAGUAUGAGACUCGACAAUCGGAGCUGGAAAGAUUGUUCGGCAAGUACGGGAGAGUGGAGCGAGUUGACAUGAAGUCUGGUUAUGCUUUUGUGUAUUUUGAGGAUGAGCGUGAUGCUGAAGAUGCUAUCCGUGGGAUUGACAAUAUCCCUUUUGGCUAUGAGAAACGCAAACUCUCUGUCGAAUGGGCUAAGGGUGAACGUGGGAAGCCUCAUGGAAAGGCAGCCUCGAAUCAGAGGCCUACAAAGACACUCUUCGUCAUCAACUUUGACCCUAUCCGCACCAAAGAGCGUGAUAUUGAGAGGCACUUUGAGCCGUAUGGUAAAGUUCUCAAUGUCCGCAUAAGACGUAAUUUUGCAUUCGUUCAGUUUGAAACCCAGGAAGAUGCAACCAAAGCCCUUGAAUCUACACAAAACAGUAAAUUAAUGGACAGGGUUGUUUCUAUUGAGUAUGCGUUGAGGGAUGAUGAUGAAAGAGAUGAUCGAUAUGCUCCUAGUCCGAGAAGGAGAUCUCCUAGUCCAGUGUACAGGAGACGUCCUAGUCCUGAUUACGGCCGUCCUCGCAGUCCUGAGUAUGACAGGUACAAGGGUCCAGCUCCUUAUGAAAGGCGUAGGAGUCCAGAUUAUGGCCGUCGCAGUCCUGAAUAUGGUAGAGCUAGGAGCCCCGGUUAUGACAGAUACAGAAGCCGGUCUCCUGUAUACAGAGGAAGAGGUUGAAGAUGUUGGUUACUGAAUGUGUGUUCGACGAGUGGUUGUCUUUUCUAUGUUAGUCUGAACUUUAGUUGCUUUGCUUUGUGCCAUGCGGUUGUAGUUUUUUAGUAGCUUAUAAUGACAUUAAUCCUUGUGAAGAAUUUGAAGGUUGGAUUCUCUCUAAAUCAUUCAGUUUGAUCAUUGCCAAAAUAGUUUUUAAUAUUCAGAAACAUUUA